CACGCCUCUUCUUUUCUCUUUCAGUCUCGGAAGGGUGCCGACUUGGACAGAGAGAAGAAGGCCGCCGAUUGCAAGGUGGACAGCAUCGGGAGCGGCCGGGCCAUCCCCAUCAAACAGGGCAUCCUGCUGAAGCGGAGCGGCAAGUCCCUGAACAAGGAGUGGAAGAAGAAGUAUGUGACGCUCUGUGACAACGGGCUGCUCACCUACCACCCCAGCCUGCACGAUUACAUGCAGAACAUCCACGGCAAGGAGAUUGACCUGCUGCGGACCACGGUAAAGGUGCCAGGAAAGCGCCUGCCCCGGGCCACCCCGGCCACAGCCCCAGGCACCAGCCCCCGGGCCAACGGACUGGCCCUGGAGCGGAGUAACACACAGCUGGGUGGGGGCGCAGCACCUGGCCCGCUCUCCCGCCUGGCGUUCAGACACCUGUCCUCAGACUCCCCACCACCACUGCCUUCCAGCCUCGGUCCCUGUCCUUACGUGGACGGAGGUGCCCCCUACUCGGCCAGCAACUCGGCCUGGGCUGGCCCUCGCCCCGAGGGGCUGCACCAGCGCUCCUGCUCUGUUUCCAGCGCCGACCAGUGGAGUGAUGCCCUGCCCCCAGCCAGUGGCCCAGCUGAGGUGCUCAGUUCCAGCCCCAAGCUGGAGCCUCCCCCAUCUCCCCACUCCAACCGGAAGAAGCACCGGCGGAAAAAGAGCACCGGGACCCCCCGACCAGACGGCCCCAGCAGUGCUGCUGAAGAGGCAGAGGAGUCGUUUGAGUUUGUGGUGGUGUCCCUCACUGGGCAGACGUGGCACUUCGAGGCCUCAACGGCAGAGGAGCGGGAACUGUGGGUCCAGAGCGUGCAGGCCCAGAUCCUCGCCAGCCUGCAGGGCUGCCGCAGCGCCAAGGACAAGACUCGACUGGGGAACCAGAACGCAGCUCUGGCCGUGCAGGCCGUCCGCACCGUUCGCGGCAACAGCUUCUGCAUCGACUGCGACGCCCCCAAUCCAGACUGGGCCAGCUUGAACCUGGGUGCCCUGAUGUGCAUCGAGUGCUCAGGGACCCACCGACAUCUGGGGGCUCACCUGUCCCGGGUCCGCUCCCUGGACCUCGAUGACUGGCCACCUGAGCUGCUGGCUGUCAUGACCGCGAUGGGCAAUGCCCUGGCCAACAGCGUCUGGGAGGGGGCCCUGGAUGGCUAUGCCAAGCCGGGGCCUGACGCCUGCAGAGAGGAGAAGGAGCGCUGGAUCCGGGCCAAGUAUGAACAGAAGCUCUUCCUGGCCCCGCUGCCGAGCUCGGACGUGCCGCUGGGCCAGCAGCUGCUCCGGGCCGUGGUGGAGGACGACCUGCGGCUGCUGGUGAUGCUUCUGGCACAUGGGUCCAAGGAGGAGGUGAACGAGACCUACGGGGAUGGGGACGGGCGGACGGCUCUCCAUCUCUCCAGCGCCAUGGCCAAUGUCGUCUUCACACAACUGCUCAUCUGGUAUGGGGUGGAUGUGCGGAGCCGGGACGCCCGGGGCCUGACUCCCCUGGCCUAUGCUCGUCGGGCCGGCAGCCAGGAGUGCGCAGACAUCCUGAUCCAGCACGGCUGCCCCGGGGAGGGCUGUGGCUUCGCACCGACCCCCAGCAGAGAGCCUGCCAAUGGCCCCAGUGCCUCUGCUGAGCUGCACCGAAGCCCUAGCCUUCUGUAAGGCCCGCGGAGGGGGCAGAGGGGCCAGAAGGACGCUGUGGCCGGGGGCCCCGCCUCCCUGCAGGCACUGGGGGGAGCCAAGACACAGAGACUGAGAAGCAGGGACGUGCAGAAAGGAAGGAGAAGAAAUGAAGAAGAGUCAAACAAGAGAAGAGCUAAACGGGGGAGACAGAGGGACCGGAGGAGACAUCUGGGAUUUGAGCUGCAGCAGAGAGGGAGUGGAGCUUUUCUAGCCCUCUGCCCUAUGGUGCCACUGAAAAGGGACAGGACCCUUUGGAGGUACCUGUGAGGAGAGGGGAGCAGGACCUCUCCCUCCUCCAGAUUCCUACCUUCUACUGCCAGCCCCCUGCAAGCCUUCAUCCUAAAAUGGAGCCGGGACGGACAGGGCACAGGUUGGGGGGUGCUGGAGGAAAGAGACGAGGAGGUGAUCUGUGAGUCCCAUGUAAAUUUGUACAUUGGAAUAUUUAUGUUUGUGUACAUAUCUGGUGUGUGUGUAUGAUGAGCCAGUAAACCAGACUGUGUGUGGCCUUGUU